UGGAAGUGAUUGGACGUUUAGUUUGAAUAAUUUAUUGUAUUAUUUUAAUUUAUAUUUUUUACACGUGUUUUUGAUUUGUGUAGAUCUAUAUCAGUUAAAACGUACGAUAACAAAUUAUUUUCUUUCCAUAAAAUGUUAUAAGGUUUUAAAAUUAUUUUUUACUGUUUUUUUUUCAAAAUACAUUCCGGAGACUUAAACGAUAUGAAAGACCCAAAGACGGCAUUGUUUGUUUUUGGGCUAUUCAUACAAAUAUGUUUAGCGGAAAACGUUAAAACUACUGAACAAGCCGAUGCAAGUGAUAAGAAGGUGUCAAAAAGAGAUUAUUAUGCACCAGAAUACAAUCAUGAUCAUUAUUCGUAUCCUGCUUACCGCUUCGAGUACGGCGUUCACGACCCGCAAACCGGCGACAUAAAGAAACAGUACGAAGAACGGGACGGGGACACGGUGCGCGGCUACUACAGCCUGGUGGAACCGGACGGUUCGAUCAGGUUGGUCGAGUACACGGCCGACGCGAAAAACGGAUUCCAGGCGACCGUCAGGAAGUUCGGUAGUUCACAUCACCCGAACACGGUGACCCAUCACCUCAACACGGCCAACGGUCACCACGACGGCGACGGCGGCUACGCGCCCAAUUACCACGGCGGUGAUCACGAUUACUAUCACAAUAAUGCGCAUCAGCCGUCGUUGCCGACCGUCCACGACGGUCAUCAGUACGAGCCGCCCGCCUACUCGAAUCACUACGAACCGCCGCCCGCUUACGACGGCGGCCACUUCGAACAGCCGGUGCACGGUUACGACGACAAUCACCAUCAGUACCUUCACCCUCAGCAACAGCAACCGCCGGUGCACGGUUACGACAAUCACCAUCAUCAGUACCAUCACCCACAGCAGUCGCAACUGCCGCCGUCCGUUUACAAUCACUACGAGGCGCCGCUGGUGCCGGCCAAUCACUUCCCGCACCCACCGCCGCCCGCCUCGGGUUACGAUCACUACGAACCACCGCUGCAGGUGGUGGUGCCGGCCGGCCACGGCGAUCAUCACUUCGAGUCGCCGGCGGCGCAUCCGGAACCGGCCGGCUUCGAACACGGUUCCGCGUUGCCGCCGCUGUUCGCCGCCGGACUGCCCACCGCCCAUGGCGACUACGGCAGCGCGUCACCGGAAGAAUACUAUCCCGCGCCCCUGCAGUUUCCGGCCACGUCCCACGAAACCCAAUUCGAGUGGCCCGCCAAGAGCGCCGGCGACCACGACGACGACGACGACGCCGCCGCCGCCGACCCACAUCAUCGCGGCCGUCUGCAAGACGAAUACCCGUUUCCGGCCGCCAAAGAACACGGUCGUCUGCCGGGCGCCGCGGCCAAAACUUCUUCCGGCGAACGGCCCGAGUACCUGAGGAAGUACUUCGAACCCAACUAUCGAGGUCCAGCCGCCGCCGUAAACAGCUUUUACGACGACGAAGAAUGAAUAAGUAAUGUAUUAACGUGUAAGUUUGCGUGUAGUAUAUAAUAUUAAUAUAAAUGAGCUCGCAGCCUAUGCCAUCGUACAUAUUAUACCCGUAACAAUAGAACAUCGAUGGUUAAACGCACACAUUUCGAUGUAUUGUGCACUCAUUAAUCACUCGUUUAUCAUGAACCCCAGUUAUAUUAUAAGAAUGUAAAAUUAAAAAUUGAAAAAAUUUCAAAAUAUAUAUUACAGUUUAAAGUUAAUUAAAAAAAAAAACUUCUUUUACGAAAACGAAUUACAGUGUAAUAGAAUAAAACUAAAAUUGCACUUAAUACCUACUACUGCAUGUGUGUGCGUUUAACAGUCGAAAUUAUAUAGUUAUCAUAGUUGUAAAUAAUAUAUAAAUUAUAUGUUUACGCUUAAUCGAGUGCCGAUCAUUCAUAAUUACUUCUCAUUUUAAUGUCUUUAAAAUAUCUCAUCGACACCGCUUUGAUUAGAUCGUUUAAUAAACCAUUGCAGGGAUAUUACAGGGAAGUACCUCUAAUAAGACAUAAACAAGUUAUUUUAAAACUUUAGAUGUAUCUACCAUACAUUAGUUUAUUUUUUACAACAUUUUUAAAAAUAAUUGCUCCUUGUAAAUUUUUAAAACAUUGUUAACAUCAAUUUAAUAAUAAAACUCCUUUUUAUUUAACGCAGUUUAAAGUUUUCACAUAUUUUCGGCGAUUCUUCUAAUCAAUACCAUAAAAGUAUAAAAGCAUAAUAGGUAUCUAUUCUAAGAUAUAACUUUAGUAGGUACAUCAUUUUCCACCAUAAAAAAAUAUAUAGGGCCAUAUAAGGGUUCAUGAUACACAAAUUUCACAAACGCUUUCGUUUAAUUAAUUUUAAAAAUUUGAAAAACAACAAAUCAACGACAAGUAAAACUUUAAUAUAUAUAUAUAUAUAUGUAUAUAUGUUUGACAUUGCAAUGAGAGGACACCCAUUUUGACAUAUAAACUAUCUACGGCAUAUAAUAUAAACUAUAUUACUAUAAUAAUAUUAAGUAAUUCAAUCAAGUCAUAUUUAAGUGAAUGGAAACCCGAGAACUAUUCCGGAGGAAGUCAUGAUUCGCUAUGAAGUUAAUUUUUAUUGAAAAUAAAAUACCUGUUAAUCCUAUGCUCUGAAGUCUGAAUCUCAUAUUCUAUGUAUGUGAGACGAAGAAAAUGAUCUAACAAUAAUGUAUAAUAUCAUCACUGAAAAACUAUAUACAAGCCAACAUAGAUUUUAACCUUAAACAUUUAUUUACGAGUAAUUGAAAAAAAAGUACAUUAUUUUAUUUUAUUGUUUAAUUUCACUCAACAUUAAUUUAAAUAAUUUAAACUAUAUUCACUCAUUAGAAACUGACACCAAUUCACCACUAAGUAAUUAUUAAAUGGUCAUAACUCAUAACAUAUAAAUAUACAAAAAUAUUUAAAAUGUUUUUCAAAUUUUCAUGGAAAAAAAAACUACGAUUGGCGAAAAAAGAUACCUAGGUAGUGAACAGAAGACAAGAAACCGCUAAAAACCUAGGUUGAUAUGCGUUUCAUUUCAAUAUUUUAUAAUUUGUGUUAAAAUUACAGUUAUUCUAUUAUUAAAAUGACAUCUAAAAGAUUCGAUGUAAUAAUUGAUUAUGAACAUUUUUUAAAAAUAUUAUAAAGGUAUUAUAUUUGAGUGCCAACUCUGAAUUUUCUAUCAACUAUAAAUGUGAGUACCUAUGCACAAAGAUAUAAUACAUUUAUUGCAAUAAGUCAUAAACUCAUAACAUAACUGACGUUUGUCAAUGUUAAAUAAACCAUUCACGUUUAAUGUUAUACUUUGUAUCAUAAUCUUAACGCAUUUAAAUUGUAAUUGUUUAUAAUGAGAAUGUUAUUUUUACACUUUUAUUAUUAAUUUAAGCAUAAUAUGAUCAUGUAGGUAUCAUACUACAAUAUUAGUUAGAUUAGAUGUUAUAAAAAGUCGACCGUAAUAUUAAUUGGUCUUGUCCUGUUGUAUUAUUAUUUUUUUAUUUUAAUCAUAUUAUAUUAUGUUUAA